AUGCCGCCCUGGAAUUCGGCAAAGACAAAGGUUCAGUUGCGGAUUGCGGUCCAACGCCUCCGCCUCCUACAAGAGAAGAAAGAAGCUCAGGCUAAGACAGCACGGAGGGAUAUCGCAACGCUUUUGGAGCAGGCGAAGCUCGAGAAGGCUCGGGUAAAGGUGGAGGCUAUCAUUAACGAGGAUAUACACAUUGAGCUCUUGGAGUUACUCGAGCUAUAUUGUGAGCUUUUACUUGCGCGUUUCGGCCUGUUAGAGCAAAAUACUCGCGAACCAGACCAGGGAAUCAGCGAAGGAGUUUGUAGUAUCAUAUAUGCCGCUCCAAGGACGGAACUUAAAGAACUUCAUGUGCUGCGGGAUAUGUUGAUGCACAAAUACGGCCGCGACUUCUCCAUUGCGGUGAUGGACAACAAAGACGGCUGUGUGAGCGAGCGUGUCAUGAAGAAGUUGGCUUUUCAUACUCCCCCCGAAGAUCUGGUGGACGCAUACCUCAGGGAAAUAGCUAAAGGCUAUGGAAUUAAUUGGGCACCUGAGCCGAAGCCCGAUGACGAAGAUUUCACCGGCGGGGGCGGGGUUAAGGAUGCGUCCAACGUUCCGGCGUCCGAAGCUCUAGUACUUCCUAGCGCGAAAAUUGCGGCAGACGAGAAGGUUCCAGCUCUUCCUACCAUUCCUCCAACCGAGGACUCCGACAAAUCCAAGACUUCAUCAAAGAGUGCUACCCCAAUCGUUGCACCACAAAGGCCAAAGACACCAGAAGAUGAGUUCGCACUUCUGGCGAAGCGAUUCGAAGCGCUUAAAAAGCGCUAG